UGUCACAGUCUUUUUGUAACCCUACACUUCGUGUAAUUUAUACUUUGGAUUGUCGAAAUAUUAUUUAAAUCUAAUCAGUUCCGAUAUAUAAUAUGGCUAAAUCUGUAACCACGUAUGAGAAGCCUACGCCACAUAUUAGCUUACCGGAUUGGUAUGCAAAGCAAUGGGAACUUCAGCAAUCUGCCAAUACCCGUAGGAAUGACGCCUUUGAAUUACGCAAUGCAGCCCGUCAGAUACGCUCAGAAACAAAAAUUAAAACCGAAUGGGAUACGUACGUGAAUAAUACUCGACUAGCAGAUCGAGUUACUGAACUGUCAAGAUGGCGUGAACUCACUGAAAAACAACUUGAGAAAUUAAAUCAUGAAAUACAACUUUUGAAAGAUGAACGUAGCGACACUGAAAAAGAGUUGGAAAACUUGAACUUGCCACUCCAAGUUACUGCUGAGUGUAUUUCGAUGAGAGAUUGCAGAAGGGGUACGGAACUAACUUAUGACGAGGCUAAUGAUGAGUUGAAAAAGGAGCUUUGUGUUAUCGAAGGCGUUAAGCAGUUAUUAACCAAUAGAGUUCAAGCGGCAUGGGAAAAGUUGAACCGUUUGGAAGAAGUAAAGUUUAAAGUUGGACUCGAUUUGCAAGACAAAAUUGACACCAUUGAAAUUGACACAGAAAAUCUGAACUUAAACCGUACUUGUGCUAAUAUUAGCUAUAAACCAAAUGCUUUGAGGACACCAAAAAAAACUAUCUCUUACGAAGCAUGGAAGGACCACUGUCGCUACUCCAAACUUUUAGCUGAUAACGAAAUGAGUGACACAUACAAUUUUCGAGAGGCCAUGCAAGUUGUUAGAGAAAGAGCCAGGAAUGAUAUAAGAGCUCAGCAAGAUGUCUCAGACUUUACGUUGCGAAAGAGAAUAUAUCAAACGCAAAAAGCGCGAAACGAACUAGACUGGCAAAAAAUGAAAAUGCAAAAGGAAAUGGAUAUAAUGUUGAAAGAGAUAGCAAGAUUGGAAGAUGCACUUUUGGCUAAAAUUGAUGCAAUUAAGUGUGCUGAGACAAGAUUGGAAAAUCGUACAUAUCGUCCGGGUUUUGAGCUUUGUAGAGAUGAGGCAGAUUUGGGGCUCAAGGAUGAAGUAUUGCAAUUAAGACAAACUCGAGAAGAUCUUAUAAAUAAAAUCAAUUGUGCGAAAGCAACAUACAACGGCUUGGAAUCACUCCUGAUUCGAAUUGACAAAAACUUGGAUGACAAGCAGCAUUCUCUGAUGACAGACAUCAUGUGCUUGGAUAUGAGAGCUCGAUUAAAAACAGGCGACCGCGCACCAUUGGCCAAUGAAACUGAUCGCAAUAUAGUGCUGACGCGCAUGGAGCAAGAAAUACCAAUUGAAUCAUAAGAAUUGAAAUAUUUCAAAGAAAAUUUCGCAUGAACUAGCGAGCCACGGUUUUCAUAAUUCUAUCUUAGAAGUGUUUUUAUGAAUUUGCAAUCAAUAUUAAUAUUAUAAUGGAGCAAUGGAAGCGAUUUAUAAAUAUAAUAAAAUCAAACUAACAUGAGAUGAUCU